GGGAACAUUCCCCUGCUCCUCCCAGGAAAUGUCCUUUGUCCAGCCCUACAGGAAGCCCCAGUGAGGAGUCAGCCGGGCGGGCGGCCAGUCUGCCAGCCAAGCCCGCGGCCGCCGCCGCCGCAGCACAAGGGCAGACGCGCCGCGCGCGGGGCUCCGGCCGGGGCGCGCGCUGCCCUCGCUCCUCGCCGCGCAGGGGUCCCUGGUCCCGUCCCUUGUCCUGUUCUUCCCGGAUGGAACAAGAAGAUAAACAGGGUGUGUGUGAAGCCCAGGACUCAGAAGACGAGGGGAUGGGCUCUGAUUUUGAGAACUCUGAAGACAGGGAACGGGACCCAGAAGAAACGGGAAUGGGCUCUAAUCCACAGGAUGCACUCAAGAGACAAGACCACCCAGAGCCAAAGAUGGGCUCCAACCCACAGGAUGCAGCUCUAGGAAGGGACCCAGAGGCGAGGGAACUGGUGUCUGACAUCUGCCCAGAGGGGCUGCUGAGUGAAGAAGAAGGGGCUGCUCUCCGCGAGGAAGAAGAUUACCCAUCUGGUGUAGCUGAGAUGGCGAUGUUCCCGGGACUGUCUGAGUCGGACAGCAUUUCCCGCAGCCCCCGGGAAGAGGAGGAGGAGGAGGAGAGCGCUGGGGAGAACCCGCUAGACGAAGAGGAGCAGCCGCCCCCUCCCAUGCUUCCCUGGCGGCGGCACCUCUCCCUGGGGAGUCGGCACCGGAGCGACAAGCCUGCCCACCGCCGCUUCCGCCGGCUCCACCAUCCCAUGGCCAUGGACCUCGGGGAGCUCGACAGCCUGAUGGCCAGCAUCAUGGACGCGCCCACCAUCUGCCCCGACUGCGGGGAGAGCUUCAGCCCCGGCGCCGCCUUCCUGCAGCACCAGCGCAUCCACCGCCUGGCCGAGGCCGCCGCCGCCGCCAGCCUGGAGCCCUUCGGCUUCGCCGGCGAGUGCGGCGCGGUAGUGGGGAUGGUGGGCGUGGGCGUGGGCGUGGGCGUGGCGGGGGGCUUUGGGGCGGGGCCCACGCUGGCCCGGCCCCCGCGCGAGAAGCCCUUCCGCUGCGGGGAGUGCGGCAAGGGCUUCAGCCGCAACACCUACCUGACCAAUCACCUGCGCCUGCACACGGGCGAGCGGCCCAACCUGUGCGCCGACUGCGGCAAGAGCUUCAGCUGGCGCGCCGACCUGCUCAAGCACCGGCGCCUGCACACGGGCGAGAAGCCCUACCCCUGCCCCGAGUGCGGCGAGGCCUUCAGCCUCAGCUCGCACCUGCUGAGCCACCGGCGCGCGCACGCGGCGGCCAGCGGCGCGGGGGCGGCAGCGCUACGGCCCUUCGCCUGCGGCGAGUGCGGCAAGGGCUUCGUGCGCCGCUCGCACCUGGCCAACCACCAGCGCAUCCACACGGGCGAGAAGCCGCACGGCUGCGGCGAGUGCGGCAAGCGCUUCAGCUGGCGCUCGGACCUGGUGAAGCACCAGCGCGUGCACACGGGCGAGAAGCCCUACAUGUGCUCCGAAUGCGGCGAGACCUUCAGCGUCAGCUCGCACCUCUUCACGCACAAGCGCACGCACUCUGGCGAGCGGCCCUACGUGUGCCGCGAGUGCGGCAAGGGCUUCGGGCGCAACUCGCACCUGGUGAACCACCUGCGCGUGCACACGGGCGAGAAGCCCUUCCGCUGCGGCCAGUGUGAGAAGCGAUUCAGCGACUUCUCGACGCUCACGCAGCACCAGCGCACGCACACGGGCGAGAAGCCCUACACGUGCAUCGAGUGCGGCAAGAGCUUCAUCCAGAGCUCGCACCUGAUCCGCCACCGCCGCAUCCACACCGGCAACAAGCCGCACAAGUGUGCGGGCUGCGGCAAGGGCUUCCGCUACAAAACGCACCUCGCGCAACACCAGAAGCUGCACCUGUGUUAGGGCUGGGCCGCAGGGAGGCUGCCCUGGGGGUGGGGUGGGGGGAGCAUGCGGGGAAUAGAUGUUCUGGGGAUAGGCCAUGUAGAAAGAAAUGGGAAGGGGCGGGAGGGGCAAUCGGAGAGUGACG